AUGACGGCCCAAGGCGGCAGCGGCAGCGGCAGCCUGGCGGGCAAAGAGCCCGAGGCCGGGGUUACCUACUACCAGCUGGAGGAGGUGGCGAAACACAACUCGGCUAAGGACGCGUGGCUGGUGAUCCACGGGCGAGUGUACAACAUCACCGGCUUCCUGGGCGAGCACCCUGGGGGAGAACAAGUGCUGCUGGAACAGGCGGGUCGGGACGCGACCGACAGCUUCGAAGCGGCGGGACACUCGGCCGACGCCCGGGAGAUGCUCGCGCAGUUCUGCCUCGGGGAGCUGCUCCCCAGCGAGCGCGGGGCGCCGAGGCGCUAG